CAUUCUUCUCUUCUUAUUCCUGGACAGACAAGUAAAGCGCCCUUCCCCAUAUGUGGUGGGUGAGAUGAACUCCAGUGGGAAUACUGUAGACCCCACCUGACAGCUCUCUGCCUGAGCAACUGAAAGCUUUUCACUGGAGCCACCACAACCACAGAGCUGGAUACAAAAAAACUCUCACCCUAAAAUCUAACAUCUCAACAGGGAUGCUCAGUUUAGGCAAAGAAAUUUAAAAUAUUUAUGUUGUUUUUGUCUUGCAAAAUGAUGAAUUAUCUUUAGCCCUCUGACAUUGUGAACCAGAGGAAACUGAAAAAUAAAUGGAUACAAAACAAAUGUACUGAGCACCAAGAAAUGGAAAAAACUAUUUGUCAUUCUCCCCCUACUUCUGAUUUUCUCCUGUCUGAGACUUGUCUGUCCCGCUCCUAGAAUCGUCCCCCAUUUCCCUUCUCUGCCCCACACAAUCACAUAUUUCCACCUUCCACAUUCUCGAUCCAGUAGGCCUAGUUUCUUCAGCUUUCAGCCUGGCCGGCACAACCAUUCCAGCUAAGGGGGAGGAGGACUUCCUCACGCUGGCCGCCUCCCGGCUCAGCCGCAACAAACGUGUCAUAGGGGCUGGAGUCGGCGUGGCCAUGGUCCUCGUCCUGCUGGUGGCCAUUCCUCUAUUGGUGCACAACACCAAGGGAGGAGGGUCCGGAGGAGGGGGCACACAUUAUGAGAUGCUUGGGAGCUGCAAGAUGGUGUGUGACACUUUCACCCCCCCACAGGGAGAGCUGACAGCCGUCUCCCCUCAGCCCCCAGACUUCUCAAACCGCAGGGGUAAGCAGGGGUUCAGAGGAAGCCCUGGACUUCCUGGUCCUCCAGGUCCUAAAGGGCUCCCUGGAGAGCCCGGCAAACCCGGCCCACCUGGUCCACCAGGGCCUGGUCCUGGAGGCUACGGCCAAUCCUUCUACAGUCCCAAAAUCGCCUUCUACGCAGGCCUCCGGAAACAACACGAAGGGAGUGAAAUACUGAAGUUCGAUGACGUGGUGACCAACGUAGGGAACUACUACGAGCCGAGCACCGGCAAGUUCACCUGCCCCCUGCCUGGCAUCUACUACUUCACCUACCACGUCUUGAUGAGAGGAGGUGAUGGGACGAGCAUGUGGGCUGAUCUGAAGAAGAACGGACAGGUGAGGGCCAGUGCAAUCGCCCAAGAUGCAGAUCAGAACUACGACUACGCCUCCAACAGUGUCAUCCUGCACCUGGAUGUGGGGGACGAAGUGUGCGUACAGCUGGACGGGGGCAAAGUUCACGGCGGAAACACCAACAAAUACAGCACCUUCUCUGGCUUCCUCAUCUACCCCGACUGACAGUAUACUCACAUUUAUAUACUCUCUCUCUCUGUAAUUAAGCAAAACGUUUACUCUCCUUUCUGCAUCUAACACCACCAUGUCUCCAUGAUGUAAUUUGUCAUUUCAAUGCGGUUCAGUACACAAAACAUGUAACAACAUGAUCGCAGUUAACAAAUAGAGAAUUUGUGUAAAAAUGAAUAUAGUAUUGUAUAUAGUACCAGUUAACAUUCACUUCUGAUACACACAUGUGUAAUCAUUAUUCUGUGCCAUGUACAGUAUGUAUAAGCAUGGCUAAAACACAUGAUUCACAUCUGUUUCACAUUCACACAUUGGCUUGUACACACGCGCACCAAGGCGUGCUCACAUGAAUUGAACUUCUCCUAUCAGUUGUUACGAGACAAGAUGAUCAUUUCAGCCACCGGUCUGAAAUCGACUGAAAUGAUCUCUGAAUGUAGACUGUAUAUCGAAGUGUGGCUGCAGCCUCUCGCCUUCACUGUGAGAUGGAUUUCCAAACGAGAAAAGUCAUGAAUAUAUUGAUCGCAGCUGAUAAUACAGCUAACACCAUGAACAUAAUCCAGUGUGUUGUAGGUCUGCGUUCAUGCGUGUGAGCAAGCAUACGUGUGUGUUUACCCUUCAGUUUGUGUUGGGGCAUAAGAGCAUCACGUUGCUGUGAGUUUGACUUGCACUGUCUCCGGCUCCUGUUAAGGGAGGGGGUGUCAAGUUGUCGGUAACAGUCCCUUAACACACACAGUAUAUCGAUACUGAGGUUUAGCUUUGAGAUUUUCCCUGAGCCAGAGCUCAUGGCGUAGCCUCAUGAUGUCCUGCUAAUGAGCUGAGGCUUCCUCUACAGCCUCAUCUGUUCACUCACACUCACAUCUGGCAUCCAUAGUUUGACAUUUUGCAAAAUAGGCUUGUUGGCUUUCUUGCCAAGAGUUACAUGAGAAUAUUGAUAUCACUCUCAUAUCUGCACGUUCACUGGGUUAUAUUAGAAGUGUUUAUAUCAAUCCUCAGAACGGUUACAUUUGUCGGCAGAGUGAAAGACAGAAUUGGCUAAACACAGCCCCCCUAAUGCUAUGUCGGAAGGGUGUGGUAGGAUGUGGUUUCUAUAGCUAUUCGACUGUUCGACAAACACUUUUAAAGAAGCAUACUUAUCCAUAGGCAGUGUAUUAACUACAGUAGAUGGCGGUCGGCACGCCCCUCAGUUUGGAGAAACAUACAGGAGGUACGGCACAGAACCAAAGUAACUUUGGUGUUUUAAAGGGUCAGUUCAAAUUCACCAAGUGCACACAAUGACGCAAACAAACGAACCGAUCUAUGCAGCGGUAGAGCAGCAACAUCUGUGUUCUGCGAGGUGAAAUGACUGUUUUUCUCAAUGGUGUCUGGUGGCUUUGAAGAGAGCAUAGAUAAAGGCUUCAUUUCCCCGUCAGAAACAUAUCGUGCAUAGUUGUCUCACAGCAAGGUAAAGCGCUGAAAAUAUUCUAAAGAUAGCGUACACUUAAACUAAUCUUGAUGUGCUGUGCCGAAGCUUUUGUCUGUUUUUCCAAACUGCAGGCAUGCUGACCGCCAUGUACUGUACGUAGUUCACUCACUGUGAAUUAGCAUCUCAUACAAUCCCACUUCAAAACAUUCAAACUAUCCCUUUAAUGUUAACACGGCAUUAGACAUAAGGGAGGAAUCGGCUGGCCUGCCUUUGUCAAAAAGUAAAACAAUCUACCUGUCAGAACCUUCCUAAUCUCACAAAAUAACAUGUUAUACCUCCUUUAAUUUGUACGCACUGUAAGAACAAGACUUUGAGGUUUUACUGCAGCCCUAUAUUUACUGAACAGAUAUAAGACAUGUCUAUCUUCUCAUCUAACUCGGUAGCAACAAAUGGCAUACUUCAGAAUAGGUCGAACUAUUCCUUUAAUUUGAAUACUGUGAAUAUACCCAUAGAAAGAUGAUUUUGAAAUGCAGGUGACUGUUGAUGUGUUACUGCCAUAUGCCAUACCUAUAGGUUUUCUGUGCCUUACACUAUCUUUUUCAUUUUUAUGCAUGAGACACUUGUUGACACAGGCGAUAUAAACAAACUGAUACAAACAGCAAUCUGACGAGGAUUUCGAGUUAAACACAUGCAAAUGUUGUUACCCACUUUAAGAAAUAAAGAUGCCAACUAAGGACAUUGAUUGUGAAUCUUUGUAUGUAACUGGAUAUAACUCAUUGCUGUAAAUAAAAGCCCAACUGGAGACCAAAGUUCAUUCGGUAGGGUCGGAAACACCUGUGGGAGCAACAGAAGCAUGUCACUGUGUUGUUCAGAAGUUGCAUCCAGAAAAGUUAUAAAUAUGUCGAUGUAACCAAAUUAUUAUAUUUAACACUUCUAUUUUUUCCAUGAUAUAAUGCUAAGACGGGUCCAAUAUAAUACUCCUUUGAACACAUCUAAUGUAGUUUUAGUGCCGUGGAAGAAGAGAGCUUCAUGUGCCCACAAAUCCAGCUUUGAAGCCUGAUAGCAUGACUGUACCCCGAUGAGAUUUGGAUGUCAACAUUACUGAUCAUUCUUGUACUGUGAUUGAAAACCCCUCCUGAAGUUGUGUAUUGUACACACAGACAUUCCUCCUGAGUGACUUUACAUGACCUCUGUGACAUGCUGCAUCCUACUGUGUGUGUUUUCUGGCGCUGUUACCUUUGUUCACGAGCCGUGUGGAUUCAUUGUUGUCGCUGUACUUUGCAAGCUGAGUUGUGUGUAUUCGUUAUGUAUGAAAUCAACAUUCUCUGCCCUUGAAGACCAUGAAACCCAAUUAAAAAAAAGAAAAUUCAGGAUUAUUUUGCUGUCAAUGCAGUCAGAGAACAAAACAGAGCUUUCUUUAUUCUUUAUUCUCUCCUUGUACUUAACAGGAAAAUCAAGAACUUAGCAGCCGUUGACAUUGUGAUAGGUUUUCACUGCUCAGGGUGUUUUUUUGAUUACAAAGUUCUCAAGAUUUUAUCAGCAUUUUAACAUACUUAUCAUAGAGCGAGGUUCAGAUAUGAAAACAGCUGACAAAUAUCUUCCAGUACUUCAAAGAAGAGCCAAACAAUAAACCUGCCAUAUCUUUGUUUCCUCCAUUGAUAAAGAAUAAUGCGGUAAAAUGACUUUGUGGACAUUAUUUCUUGAUUAGUGUUAUUGUUAUUAAGAUGCUUAAAUGUACAACUCUUUGUGGAAUUUAACAUGCACUCUGCCAUCUGAGCGCAUUCAACACAAUAAAGAAAAAGGCAACCUGAGUACCCAAUCAAUCCCCUUCCCAUGCCAUGUUGAAAGAUUUGUUUGAGAAAUAAUAAAUAUAAACACAUCUUUAACCCACAGUGAAGAUAGAUGGAGUCCAGUCCACAUACACGAAACAAUGAUAGAUGUUUUGUCUUAUUUGUGCUUGCUUUUUGUGUUUUUAUUUCAAACUGAGCGC